UUCUACACCUGUUAUAUGUAUGAUGCUGGCAGGGCGCCAUUAGACACAGCAAAAAUAUAACAAAGAAUAAAGGAAUAAAAAAGGAGGAAUAAAGGUGAAAGAAUGAGAGAGAUUGUUCAUAUUCAGGCUGGACAAUGUGGAAACCAGAUCGGAUCCAAGUUUUGGGAAGUUAUAAGUGAUGAACACGGGAUAGACCCAACAGGAACGUAUCAUGGUAAUAGUCAACUCCAGUUGGAUAGGAUCAGCGUUUAUUUUAACCAAGCUACAGGAAAUAAAUAUGUACCACGCGCUAUCCUCGUCGAUCUGGAACCAGGAACCAUGGAUUCCGUACGAUCUGGACCCUUCGGUGCUCUCUUUCGACCAGAUAAUUUUGUCUUCGGCCAAUCGGGGGCCGGAAAUAACUGGGCAAAAGGACAUUACACGGAAGGUGCCGAGUUGUUAGAAGUUGUACUUGAUGUAAUGAGAAGAGAAUCGGAAUGUUGUGACUGUCUACAAGGAUUUCAACUCACCCAUUCUCUAGGCGGUGGAACAGGGUCCGGAAUGGGUACCCUAUUAAUCAGUAAAAUUCGUGAAGAAUAUCCAGAUCGAAUCAUGAACACCUUCUCUGUCAUGCCUUCACCUAAGGUAUCUGACACAGUUGUUGAACCUUAUAACGCCACACUCUCUGUUCAUCAACUGGUAGAAAAUACAGAUGAGACAUUCUGUAUUGAUAACGAGGCUCUUUACGACAUCUGUUUUCGAACCCUCAAGCUAAGCACACCUACUUACGGCGAUCUGAACCAUCUCGUGUCAGCAACCAUGUCAGGAAUUACGACUUGUUUACGUUUCCCCGGACAAUUGAACGCUGAUUUGCGAAAGCUUGCUGUGAACAUGGUGCCCUUUCCUAGACUUCACUUCUUUAUGCCCGGAUUUGCGCCUCUGACGUCACGCAACUCCCAGCAGUAUCGCUCACUCUCCGUACCGGAACUGACGCAGCAGAUAUUCGAUGCCAGAAACAUGAUGGCUGCUUGCGAUCCCCGGCACGGACGAUAUCUAACCGUGGCAACGAUCAUGCGCGGUAGGAUGUCAAUGAAAGAAGUCGACGAACAAAUGUUAAAAAUUCAAAAUAAAAACUCGGCGUAUUUUGUUGAAUGGAUUCCGAACAACGUUAAAAUAGCGGUGUGUGACAUACCUCCCAGGGGUCUCAAAAUGUCCGCCACGUUUAUCGGCAACAGUACCGCUAUACAAGAAAUAUUUAAACGUAUUUCAGAACAGUUUACGGCCAUGUUUAAAAGAAAAGCUUUCCUCCACUGGUAUACCGGGGAAGGAAUGGAUGAGAUGGAAUUCACUGAAGCGGAAUCAAAUAUGAACGACUUAGUGUCCGAGUAUCAGCAAUACCAGGAUGCAACACUGGAUGAAACUGAUGAUUUCGAAGAAGAGGCUGAUGACGUCGUUGAAUAAAUAUUUAUAUAUUUAAAUACUUUGUAACAAAAAUACAUGUGUUAUUUGUCAUGGCGCUUUUGACAGUUUAAUAAGCAGAACUAUAUAGGAUUAUCUGUUGAUAAUUGCAUUAAAUUUUAUAUUUUAUCAUGGCGCUUUACACAAUUUAUUCAAAAAUGUAUAAAUCUAUUUAUUAACUGUUGCAAUUAUAAACCUAUUUAUUAAUUUUUUGCAUUUAUAUUUAACGUACUGCCUACCAUGCUUAAUGUUAUUUAGUUUUGUGGAAAACUCUGAAUGAGAGGUGUCAGUAGCUGGAGGAGUGGCGUGCAAUGGCGUACCUAGGAAUCUGAGCGCCUAGGGCCAAAGAAUGAUUUCGACCUAUUUUACUAUAAAAAGAGUAAAAAAAAACAACAACAGUAAAAUGAUAGGCGUUUCAUAAUUGUACCGAAUAAAUGUUAUAACAAGUAUAAUCUUAAUAUUGUAGUACUAGUUAAACAUACAUUAUGCAAGAACUAAAUCGGUCUAUUGCAGGUCUUUUUUUAGGCCUGAAAUGUUAUCUAAAUCAACUCUAGAUGGCAUCGCUAGCCUGCUAUCUUUACUGUAUUAUGAGCCGAUUUACUGCAUAAAUCUUUCCUUGACGGUUUAACGAUUAAAUUGAUAAUUGAGACUAUGCUGUUUAUCGUACUGGCUUUAGUAAUGAUGAUUAAGGCUAGCCGAAAAUUUCAACCGCUUAGUUCUCGGUUCAUAGUGGAUCAAUUUGAAUGAAAUUUUCAGCAAAUUGCCUUUACAUUAUCUAGUUUUUAACUAUUAUAGUGAUAACUGCCAACUCGUUAUCGAAUCUCCCAUAAUAUAUCUUUAAUCGUUUUGUGCGGGCGUGGCAUGCAGUGGCUUGUCAGUGGUUCUCAACGCCCUGGGGCAAAGACACCUUAGGCACCACACCACGAUAAGUCAUAAUUUCGGCUUAAAGCCUGGCUCGCACGGGUCUUCUCCAUUCUGCGUAACCCCUCGUGUCAGUUAGCGUAUAUCAAUGUGCGCUAUGUGGAACCAAGAUACCGUAUGUCGGAUUUGGGUGAGGUAAAGGUACAACUGAGGCGCUACAAAAGCCGCAUCGUUUUUUAAACACAAAUGUGACGCAAAUAGUAACGCCCUAUAAAUCUUUUUGUAUACGUUAUUAAUAUCUGAAGACGCCUAUAAAGGGAUAGACAGCUAGCUUAUAUUUGAUUUAAUGUAUGUCAGAAUGAAGUAAAGUGGUGAAUUUUU